CUGGUGCACCAUGUCGGUCAGCGUCCAUGAGACCCGCAAGUCGCGGAGCAGCACGGGGUCCAUGAACGUCACCCUCUUCCACAAGGCCUCCCACCCGGACUGCGUGCUGGCCCACCUCAACACGCUUCGCAAGCACUGCAUGUUCACUGACGUCACGCUCUGGGCGGGCGAUCGUGCCUUCCCCUGUCACCGUGCCGUGCUGGCCGCCUCUAGCCGCUACUUUGAGGCCAUGUUCAGCCACGGCCUGCGGGAGAGCCGGGACGACACUGUCAACUUCCAGGACAACCUGCACCCGGAGGUGCUGGAGCUGCUGCUGGACUUUGCCUACUCCUCACGCAUCGCCAUUAACGAGGAGAACGCUGAGUCGCUGCUGGAGGCGGGCGACAUGCUGCAGUUCCACGACGUGCGGGACGCCGCCGCCGAGUUCCUGGAGAAGAACCUUUUCCCCUCCAACUGCCUGGGCAUGAUGCUGCUCUCGGACGCCCACCAGUGCCGCCGGCUGUACGAGUUCUCCUGGCGCAUGUGCCUAGUGCACUUUGAGACGGUGCGGCAGAGCGAGGACUUCAACAGCCUGUCCAAGGACACGCUGCUGGACCUCAUCUCGAGUGAUGAGCUGGAGACCGAGGACGAGCGGGUGGUCUUCGAGGCCAUCCUCCAGUGGGUGAAGCACGACCUGGAGCCGCGGAAGGCCCACCUGCCCGAGCUCCUCCGCAGCGUGCGUCUGGCCUUGCUGCCCUCUGACUGCCUGCAGGAGGCCGUCUCCAGCGAGGCACUUCUCAUGGCGGACGAGCGCACCAAGCUCAUCAUAGACGAGGCCCUGCGCUGCAAGACCAGGAUCCUGCAGAAUGACGGCGUGGUCACCAGCCCCUGUGCCCGGCCACGCAAAGCAGGCCACACGCUGCUCAUCCUGGGGGGCCAGACCUUCAUGUGUGACAAGAUCUACCAGGUGGACCACAAGGCCAAGGAGAUCAUCCCCAAGGCCGACCUGCCCAGCCCCCGGAAGGAGUUCAGCGCCUCAGCGAUCGGCUGCAAGGUCUAUGUGACAGGGGGCAGGGGCUCCGAGAACGGAGUCUCCAAGGACGUCUGGGUGUAUGACACCGUACAUGAGGAAUGGUCCAAGGCGGCGCCCAUGCUGAUUGCCCGCUUUGGCCAUGGCUCAGCGGAGCUGGAGAACUGCCUCUAUGUGGUGGGGGGACACACUUCUCUGGCAGGCGUCUUCCCAGCCUCCCCUUCUGUCUCCCUGAAACAAGUGGAGAAAUACGACCCUGGGGCCAACAAGUGGAUGAUGGUGGCCCCCUUGAGGGAUGGCGUCAGCAAUGCCGCAGUAGUGAGUGCCAAGCUGAAGCUCUUUGUGUUUGGAGGAACCAGCAUCCACCGGGACAUGGUGUCCAAGGUCCAGUGCUAUGACCCCACGGAGAACAGGUGGACGAUCAAGGCUGAGUGCCCCCAGCCGUGGCGGUACACAGCCGCUGCCGUCCUGGGCAGCCAGAUCUUCAUCAUGGGAGGUGACACGGAAUUCACGGCCGCCUCGGCCUACCGCUUUGACUGUGAGACCAACCAGUGGACACGGAUUGGGGACAUGACCGCCAAGCGCAUGUCCUGCCAUGCCCUGGCGUCCGGCAACAAGCUCUAUGUGGUCGGGGGCUACUUUGGGACCCAGAGGUGUAAGACUCUGGACUGCUAUGACCCCACUUCAGAUACGUGGAACUGCAUCACCACGGUGCCCUACUCACUUAUCCCCACGGCCUUUGUCAGCACCUGGAAGCACCUGCCCGCGUGAGGAGCACCUGCCGAGCCCAGCCAGCCCGCGGCCCUCAGUGUCACAGCGUGGCCUUGGCUUAUGUGCCACAGCAGGAGCUAAGCGGGUCCUGGACCAGCUCUUCGAGAGGUGGAAGGGGCCCCGCCAGCUCUGGGGAGCAGCAGCCUUGGGCUGUUCGGAGCUUUAGGCACAAGAAGAGAAGCAUCUCUUGCAUCUGUGCCCCUGGGGGCCUCUUCAGCUUUGCAGUGGUUUAUAGGAAGACAUACCUCCCAGAGGGGCAUGGACUGCCACCAGGACUGACCCCGGCGUCGGGAGGACACUUGCAGAGCCUUGAGAUCACCUGUUUGGCAGGUCCUGGACUGGGGCCGGGCAGGCAGGGACAGGGAGGAGCCCCGGGUGGCUUUCGGGGCUGCAGCACUGCCACACAUCCUUUUCCUCCCGGCCCGCCCUGCUGGGGCACUACUGCCGUUUAUAGAUGGUGUCCCAGGCCUGGGAAACCAGGUUCCCAGGGGUUGAGACCAGAAGGUUGAUGAGCAGAGAACCCAGGACAGAUUUUAUAAGGUGCAGAAACUGCAGGGGGGCCUCAGUGACAUCCACGAGGCAAUAAGGCUAAUUGCCUUAUUUGCUAAUAAGAGCAAAGGACACCCAGACCUCCAAAGUUUGUGGGCCCCUGCCACAAAGCUGUAAGUCCCAGCCGACCCACUGAGGGCCUUGCCCAGUGCUGUGGCCUGGUGGGGACACAGAUGCUCUGGCCACUCAGUGGAGCUGGGCCUGCAGCAGACUCAGGACUCCGAGUGCCCUGGGGGUCACCCCUCACAUCCCCUCCUCAGAGCCCACCCUGAGAGGCAGCAGUGACCCCCGUGGUACACACGUGCCAACAGCACUGGGGGCUUCUCCCCGGGAGACCACGCUGCCCUCCAAGACCAGGGGCAGCUGUGAGCUGGAGAUAGCAGAGGGACCCCAGGGAGUCCCCUGCAGACCCCACCAGGGCCGCAUCCGUCUCAGUUUGGGGGACAGUGAUGGGGCCCUCACCAUCCUCUUGAAUCUUGGCCCCCAUUUGCGCCCUGAGCUCCAAGAUAAGAAUGGCCGUGAGAGAACUGCUGAACAUUUGUUCAUUGCUGUCACCUCCUGAGUCACUGGGGUCCCUCAGCAGAACCUCCCUGACACCUGGGCUGUGGAGAGGUUGGUGCCUGUCAGUGACCAUCCUAAUGCCUCUCACUCACUCCUAACCCCCUGUUUGAGGGGGAGGGGUGUUGGUGCCUUGACGGGGCUGGGUAGGGUGUCCAAACUUGUGGCUUUCCAGGCACCUGCAGUGUGAACACUGCUUGACUGGCUCAGGGUUAGGGCUGCAGAGGGGGCUGUGCCACAAACCAGUUACUUAAGCAGCCCUGAGUGUCCCCAUGCCUUGGUGCGGGUCCUGGAGGCCUCUUGGGGGUGGGACCUUUGGGCAGGGUUUGCCCACUGAUGCGCCCCCCACCAUGGGGCCCUGGCUACAUGGGGCUCCUUGGACCCUAUAGACCCUGCAGACCCCACCUGUGUCAGGCCGGUUGCCCGAAGACACUUGGCUGUGGUCCCCGGGGAUGGCUUUGCUGGCGCACUCAGGAGCCCGGCCGCGGGGGCUGCAGGGAGUGCACCUAGACCCGUGGCGUUGCUUCAUUGAGAUAAAGAACACUUAUCACAUAGCACAAAGGACGGGCCAUGGUGCUUUCCCCGAAAGUUGUGUUGAGUUUUUAUCAGUUUCCUAACUUAAUAAAAAGAGUUGAGAAAA